UGGUUCGAGGGGCACGCCCAGCCCAGGGGGGCCGCCACUCCGGCGCAUACACGCGCAUGCUGAGGCCGCAGGCCCCCGGGGAGGCCGGGCAGCCCCGCCUGGACAGCCGCGCGGAGGCCAUCGAGUCCGACAGGGCCACCGCGAGCAGCAGCCAGGGCAGGCGCUCCGACGACAUCGGCCUCUCCACGCCGCCGCAUCCGACGCGAUCGCGAGCACCACGGAGGAGACGGUGUCCUCGUGCAGCAGCAGCAGCAGCGAGGAACAGGACUUGCUGGACCGCGACGCCGACCAGCGGCACCGCGUGGAGCAGCGCCGGCGGCUGCUUUGCGAGGUGCACAGGCGCCGGCUGCGCGCCUGCGAGGGCGAGGCGACGGGCGCGCUCGCCGACGUGGCCGCGGCGCUGCGCUGCGGCAGGCGCUCAGGCCCCGAGAAGCCGGAGGGCGAGCUCGUCGAGUCCUCGUCUUCGCUGGGGCGCUGGUCGCGCGGUGCGGGCCCCGAGAGGCCGGAGGGCGAGUUCGCCGAGUCCUCGUCUUCGGUUGGGUGCUGGUCGCGCGGUGCGGGCCCCGAGAAGCCGGAGGGCAAGUCCGCCGAGUCCUCGUCGUCGAAGAUCUCGUUGUGAGCGGCUGGGGCUCUGCGCAGAUGGCGCACGCGCCCACUCGGCGGGGG